AUGUCUUCCACCGAUUACAAGUUUGAGGGCUGGAUGGGCCUCGGUCCCGAAGCCGGUCAGGGCAAGAUGGUCUGGCAGGAGUUUGAGCCCAAGCCUUGGGAAGAGACCGACGUCGACAUCAAGAUUAGCCACUGUGGUAUCUGUGGCUCCGACCUGCACACUCUGCGCAGUGGAUGGGGACCCUCCAACUACCCCUGCUGCGUCGGCCACGAGCUCGUCGGUACUGCCGUCCGUGUCGGCUCCAAGGCCACCGGCGACAUCAAGGUCGGUGACCGCGUCGGUGUUGGUGCGCAGAGCGCCGCCUGCCAGAACUUCGACGGCAACUGCAAGGCCUGCGCCGGCGGUCUCGAGCAGCACUGCACUCGCAUGGUCGGCACCUACAACGGCACCUACGCCAACGGCGGCAAGUCGUACGGUGGCUACGCCACCUACAACCGCGCUCCCUCCCACUUCGUCAUCAAGAUCCCCGAUGCCAUUUCCUCCGCCGACGCUGCCCCCAUGCUCUGCGGUGGUAUCACCACAUACUCUCCUCUGCGCCAGAACGGCUGCGGACCCGGCAAGACCGUCGGUAUCGUCGGUGUCGGUGGUCUCGGUCACUUCGGUAUCCUGUUCGCCAAGGCUCUCGGUGCGGAUCGCGUCGUCGCCAUCUCCCGCAAGUCUGACAAGAAGGAGGAUGCUCUCAAGCUUGGUGCUGAUGACUUCAUCGCUACCGGUGAGGACGAGGACUGGGCUACCAAGCACGCUGCGUCCCUUGAUCUGAUCAUCUCCACUGCCUCUUCCUCCAAGAUGCCCAUCGUUCAAUACUGUGGUCUGCUCCGCGUCCGCGGUACUUUCAUUCAGCUCGGUGCUCCUGAGGAUGGUGCUCUGGAGAUCCCCGCUUUCGCUCUGAUUGUCAAGGGUAUGAAGCUGGGUGGCUCUUUGAUUGGUAGCCCUGACGAGAUCCGUGAGAUGCUUGCUCUUGCCGCUGAGAAGGGCAUCAAGCCUUGGAUCCAGGAGCGUCCCAUGAAGGAUGCCAACCAGGCUAUCUUGGAUAUGGACAAGGGUGACGCCCGUUACCGCUAUGUCCUGACCAACUAA